CUCCACCACAUAUACUCAAUACGAACAUGCUGGGUCUUGACUAUGGGGAGUACUAUGCAGAGCUGAGCGAUUACGGCGUGUCGCUCGCGGUGUGCAUCGGCAUCACCGUGGUCCGGCUCGUGAUUGGCAAGGCCGUGUUCACGCCGGCGGCAGAAUACGUGUGGGGGGUGAAGGACAAGGUGUCGCAGGCCAAGUUCUGCGACGCCGCCUUCAAGCUGCUGAUCUGGUCGGCAUGCGUGUGCAUCGGCCUCAUCACCUGCUGGGACAAGCCGUGGUUCCUCGACUCGAUCCGGUUCUGGGACUACUACCCGACGCCGAUGACCUUUGACGUCCGCGCAUACUACCUCUUUGAGCUCGGGUGGUACUUUCACCAAAUGCUCUUCCUCAUUGUCUUCGAGUCAGAUACCGGCAAGAAGCGGUCAGACGCCAUUCCCAUGCUUAUCCACCACCUGGCCACCAUCGGCCUCAUCUCGUUCUCCUACCUCAACGGCUUCUCGCCCGUCGGCUGCAUGAUCAUGCUAGUCCACGACAUUGUCGACGUCCCGCUCGAGGCUGCCCUCCUCACCAAGGAAAUGGGCUACGACACCCUCACCGACAUCCUCUUUGUCAACUUUCCUCUUCUGGCUCAUCUUCCGCCUCGGCAUCUUCCCCUUCCACCUCGUCCGCUCGGUCGUCUACGAGCUCGUCGUCCACUCGCCGCAAAUAGAGGGCCACCCGGAUGCCGGCAAGCUCACCUCCAUCUUCCAGCUCUACUCCUCGUACCCCAUCCAGAUGCCCAUGUGCCGUGAGCUCUCGGCCCUCCUCUUUGUCCUCGUCAUCCUCCACAUCUACUGGUGGAUCCUCAUCGCUCGCAUGAUCAAGAAGUACGUCGUCGAUGGCCACGUCAAGGGCGACAUCCGUGACGAGGACGCGGCCAAGAAGACCGACUAAACCCAAACGCCACACACACACACACACACACACACACACA